AUGCCCAGGAAAGAUUCACGACCAAGAAGCUCCCAGGAGGUACGCGGCGUGCAGCAGAUGCAGGAAAGUGAAGAGAAGUCUGUUGCCCAGGCUAUGCCCCUUCUACCCGAAGCAAUCAAGGAUCGUGGCAGGAGCGAGCCAGGAAGCUGCUCCUACCCUGAGACCACCCGCACAGCGACUCCAGAGGGCAGAGCUGGACUGGAACCUGUGGGUGACGAGGACGUGCAGCGAGGUCGGUCUUCGCUCCAGCACACCCGACCUUCAAGGCCACGCUCGCUUGCGCCCCCGCCUCUCACAGAGGAGUAUACUUUGGGCAAACCUCGGUGUGAGAUUUAG